GCUAAAUCUUUCAUACAAGCAAUGUCAAGCAUUUUCAUCAACACUUUAUUAUGCAAUUAUUAGCCUAUGCUUGUCCACUUUCACUUUUUCAUCCGAGCGGUUCUGAAGCUGCAAGACGAUUAGGACUAGAUCUAGUUUUAUCGUGCAUUUAAGUUCAAGAAGGAAAAUGAAAAUAAUAUAGCUUACAAGGAAAGAAGGGUCAUUUUAGUCAAAGGACAAUUUAACAAGAGCUUCAUUUGAAAUGCUGUAGUGCUGUAGAUCUUGUUUUGCCAGGUCAAAAGUCAAGAGCAAGGCGAAGGCAAAAAAGCACGAAGGAUCAAGGUUGUUUCUCCCCCUUUUGUCAUAAUAAUAACAAUAACAAAACUUGGUACCGGCAUCCUGCAUAUUCUAGAUCUAUAUAUCAACCAAAUGACCAGCUCUGUCUAAAAGUGUCAGUAUUUUUCAGAAUAUCCUCUCCAUGUCAUAGUCAUGACAAGCUUACCAAUGUUUGGGAAUGUUUGUAGGAAAUGUCGAAUGCAUGGACAUGGUGUUAUGAGUUCCCUGAGGCUGAGGAUUAUGAAUAAUGUGAACCAUGAAACCAUGGGCAAAGUCACCCCAAUAUGUGCAUCACCAGUUGCCAUAGCAUCCUCAAUCAAAGUGAUUUGGGGACCUGUGAAAUAUUAUUCAAGUUACAGUGGUGCAACAAAGAUGAGUGCGUGGCAGAUUCACCAGUAUGGAAGAACAGAAGAACUGUCGUUUGUUAAAGCAACGAAGGCAGCCACAAUAAAAAGCCCCAAUGAAAUACUCGUCAAGGUGCAUGCAGCAAGCGUUAAUCCUAUUGAUGUGCGAAUGAUGGAUGGAUAUGGGCGGAAACUCAUCAAUGUACUACGCGCUCAGAAAGGUUUUAUGAAGUCAGGAACAGAAUUUCCUUUGAUACUUGGGAGAGACUUUUCAGGAACAGUUAUCGAAACAGGAAGAGGUGUAAAAAAAUUUCAAGCUGGAGAUGAGGUUUGGGGAGCUCUGUCUCCGGAGCGGCCUGGAACACAUGCAGAAUAUGCUGUUGUCUCACAAGAUGAGAUUUCCUUAAAGCCAAAGAACAUAAUGCACACAGAGGCUGCCUCUAUUCCCUAUGUGGCAGCAACUACGUGGGCUGCACUGUGCACUGUGGGGGAGCUCCGAGAGCACAAAGCUGCUGGAAAAAGGCUUCUAGUAUUGGGAGGCUCAGGUGGAAUCGGCACCUUCGCUAUACAGCUGGCCAAGUCCUGGGGCAUGCAUGUGACCACCACUUGUAGUGGGGAUGCAAUUGACCUGGUCACUGCGUUAGGAGCAGAUGUUGCCGUGGACUACAAGACAGGCGGUCCCUGGAGACAGCUGGGUCAAAUGAGCAAAUUUGAUCUCAUCCUUGAUACCAUUGGGGGCGAGUCCACUAGCAGAGCAGCCAGUCUCCUAGGCUCAUGGAAGAACUCAAAGCUCGUUACUAUUGUGAGCCCAAUACUGAAAAAUUCGGAUAAUCUUGGGGUUCUGCCUGGACUUGUGAAGACAGCCCUUAAUGCUGGUGUUGACACUUUGAUGGGUUUAAAGUCAGGUGGAAGUGUGCGCUGGGCUGUGUUCAUGCCCAAUGGCAGUGCUAUGGACAGAGUUCGGAGGAUGGUGGAAUCUGAUCAGAUCAAACCAAUUGUUCAAGAAGUGUUUCCAUUUCUUGAAGUCCCUGCAGCCUUUGAAAAAGUCUCCAAUGGCCAUUUGAGGGGUAAGAUAGUGAUAAACACUACUAACAGUGCUUGAUCUUGAAAUAAUGGAUCAGCACGAGGAAAGCAUUCACAGCCGCCACUGAGACAAGAGUACUCUCAUCUCCUACUUUCCUGAAAGCAAUAAGCAUACACAGACAUAAGUGUUCGAUGCAAGACGUCAACACCAGGAUUUGGAGGAUUCAUUUACCAAUAACUGUCAACAAAUAACUUUCAUUUUGCCCCAAUGAAUUAGAACAAACCCCUCAUGCUUUUCAGAAACUCAGUACAAACUGGUUGAAUUGUUAAUUUAUUUUGCUCACUUAUAUCAGCCUGUCACAUAUAUAUCUGUUGCAUGCAAGUAUCUCCGUUUCGUGUGAGUGCAUUAAAAAAAUUUCUCUUUGCCUGUCAGUGAAGUCACAGGGUUGUUUUUUUUUCUAAUUUGAUGUUGAAGGCUGAUUUAUUUGUUUGUUAUACCUUUAACUGUUUUCUUUUGUUUAUGGUGUUUUCAUAAAAAUAAAAUCAUGAGAAA